AUGAGUUCCGUCGUGGAACCAAUGCAACACAGACAACUCGAAAUAUCAACGAAGUGUUUGGUGAAGAUGUGGCUAAUGAACGUACAGUACGUCGAUGGUUUAAGAAGCUACGUUCUGGCGAUUUUAAUCUUGAAAAUGAACUACUCGGGGCGACCCGAGACCAAGGUGGAUAAUGAUGAGCUGAAAGCUGUAGUGGAAGCGGAUACAUCUCAAACUACGCGUGAAUUAGCAGCAAGAUUUAACGUUACUAUUCCAAUGAUAUUGGAUCACUUGAAACAAAUCGGCAAGCGUUCGGCACAAUGGUUGAAUAUAGAUGAAGUUCAGAAACCGAAUAUUCACAAAAGAAAACUAAUGGUGUCUGUUUGGUGGUCCAACGCUGAUAUUAUCCGCUACAGUUUCAUGAAACCUGGUCAAUCGAUUACAGCGGAUGUCUACUGUAACGAACUGGACGAAAUGAUGAGGAUGCUUGAGAUUAAGCAGCUGAGAUUGGUCAAUAGAGACAGGCCAAUCCUCUUACAAGACAACGCUCGAUCACAUGUACAAACAACGUUGCUUAAACUACAGCAGCUAGACUUGGAAACUCUCUGUCACCCACUAUAUUCACCAGAUCUUACACCAACUGACUACCACUUCUUCCAGGCACUGGACCAUUUCUUGCAAGGAAAAAUAUUCAGUUCUCAACAAGCUGUGGAAAACAUCUUCCGCGAUUUCAUCAUCAUCUGCUCUUCAGGCUUCUUCGCUGCUGGCAUGAAUAAGCUACCAUUAAGAUGGCAGAACUGUAUCGAUAUUUUAGUGCAUACUUCGAUUAAUUUUACUAUUUCUGGUUUGAGAUAUAAUAAACCAAGCUUUUGA